CAGAAUUUUCCUAAUUUCCCUCUUAGCAAGUUUGCCAGCUUGUCUUCAACAAUAUACCUGAGCGAUUUCUUUUUUCAAUUUAUCAACCAAUGUCAGAAAAUUGUUCUUCUACAUGUGAUAUAUGCAUGCCUUCUGAAUGGGCCAUUUGUAUGUUGUCUGCAGUGUCAUGUAUUUAAAGGCAGCAAAAAUGUACUGGGGCAACUCGCAAGACAAACAAAAUAAAUUACCAUGAUCUGAGUUCUUUGUUCAUCUUGUCAUAGUGUGUUUCUUGCUGGCGUAUGGGGCUUUUUUGCGGACAAAAUUUCGAACGUGAAUACAUCAAUGUUUUGUUAAAUUCAUUAUUGUUAUGCGUAAUAAUACAAGUUGGAAAGUAACAUAAAUCAAUUUCGACCGGGGUACAUCAAGUUCGAAUGCUAUACAUCGAUGUUGUUUAGCAUAAAUCGCUUUUCCGAAUCAUUCGAGCGUGAACGUAUGCAACUAAAAGAUGUUCAAUAAAACUAAAAGAUGAGGAAGCGGAAAUAGAAAUGACCGGAAACAGGAAGUGAUAAAGUCCGGUCCAAAUGACGUUAGCUUUCCCGCGCUUUCGCCAAUGUUUGUUCUCUCUAACCAACAUGGCGGACCGGGAGAGUAGCUCAGAAAACAACACGAGAUCUAGAUCUGUCCAAGAUUUUGUUCGCACCGUCUUACAUACCGUAACUAAUUUACAGACGCAAUCGGGAAACCCAAAUAGGGCGGAGAACAGUAGCAGUGGGGAAUUUUCCUCCGCUGAGGAAGAAAUGAAUGCAAGGUUUCAGAUACCGAGGCAUCGCCGGGGAAUUCCUAAUCGUAGUGCUACUUCAACGAGGGUUGUAGCCUCGACGGCCUACAAUCCGAGACAGAACUACAGCCCAGUACAAAGGAACGUCAGCAGGUGCCCAACGAGAGGAAGAAGAAAUAAUUAUACCGCAAAUGCAAGAGGCGAAAACCCAACCGAGUACGUUUACAAAGAUAUGUUUGACCCUGAAUGGAUUCAAGUGCCGCGAGGCGCCACUAAGGGAAAUUUAGUCCAGCGAGGACUGUACAUUGACGCCUUUCGACUAGUUAAAAACUGGAGUGAGGCACGUCUUUACUCUGAACUGGCCUCGUUAUUUAAAGAAGCUCUUGAACGCCCGGAUCAAAAUGACAUUGGGUAAGUGAUGGACCUCCAUAUUCAUGAGGUUAAGUUUGAAGACUUAUUCAUGGGUUACUUCAUAACUAUCUAGGCUAGGCCCUCCAUCUAUUGUUGAUAUCACAGGACGGGUGUUUGAAACUACAGUACAAAACGAACUUUAAAAAAUAGCGAGUAACUGUAAAAAAAGCCCAGUUCUUGCUAAUUGUGCAGAAGAAAUAUGGGUUAUUGACUAAGCUUGUUUGGUCAAGAUGCCUGGAUAUUGGCCAGGUUCUUUUUUUGCGUGUUUAUGGAGCUCGAGCCAAAAAAAGAACUUGGCCAAUAUCCAGCCACCUUGACCGAACAAGGUUGGUCAAUAAAGGAUUUAUUAUAUGACUUUCAGGGAAAUUUUUCUUGCGGGACACAGCAGGUAGUGCCAAGCAGGCAACAUAGCUCCAUCUUGCCCCCUCAAGUAGCCAAUCACAGUGCAGGAUUCGAUCAUCUUGCCCACUCAUGGAGCUAGACAUAUAAUAACGCAGAUUAUUUAACAGGACAACUAAAUAAUAAACCAAACGCUAUAUUCUGCUUCUUAGCUAUCCGGUAUUACGAGAGAAAAUAUGAGAGUGAUCAAACUGUUUCACUCUGGUUGAGUACAUUAGUUUCUUUUAUAAUUUUUUGAUUAGGUUUGAAUUUGUAAAGAGCUCUGGCUCCCACAUUGUGCCUGUGCAAGUACCAAGAGGCCAAGAGAGGAAUGCCCGUGUAAUAAGACACAUAUCAGGGCAGGGACCCUUGUAUAUACGAGCAUUGGAAGUUCUGAGUUCUAAAGAGGUGAUUGCUUAAUAAUUUUUAGCAACUGAAAUGUUUACUUUUUGUCGUAUCAUGCAGAAAUACAGUAUACAGUACACAGCAGCUUUCUUUACCGUAUUUGGCAUGAUAUCAAUAUUGUGGCACUUCUCCUGGGAAUGGAAAUAUUUUAUAAGCAUCUCUUUCUUUUUGUCUGAUCUUCCUUGCUAUCUGGUAAACAAUUAAUUAUACCCUCUCUAUAAUACAUGGCAAGGGAUAACAUGCUACUCUCUCUAACAAAGGUUCCUUGACUUUUCAUUCCUAUGAAUACUGUAUUAAAGAUGAAUGAACGCAAUGCUCCUUCUUGGCCAGCUUAAAGUUCUAACAUCCAUUUAAUGUGUUAUGAAGUCUUUUAAAGAUCAAACUACUAUUUUUCUAGCAUCUAAAUAAUUAUUCUUAAUAUAAGUAUAUAAUAUUAUUUCAGGGUGACGAUGAUGACAGUCAGGUUUCUAGUGACAAGGACAUCAGGGAUUACUUGGAAGGAAGUACAUUGCUCCCUGUCUUAAAUCCUAUUGUUGAACCAGGUCCCAGUUGUACAGACGAGGACGUUGCUCCACCAUCAAGCUUACAGCAAACUGAUGUACCUUUGCUUGUGGUAGAAAAGAUGCCAUCCUCUGAUGUUUACCAACCUUUUAGUAAUGUAGAUACGACAAAUAUCAUGAGUCAGUCUGAAGCAUCAAAUGAAUUGACCAAAAAGAGGGAAUUGGAUAUCCUGGUAGAAAUGUUUCCUAACUUAAAGCAGGAGCGAAUUGAACAGGCUCUGGAAAGUGCUGGUUCAGAUUUGGGGAGAGCCAUCAACAUACUUCUUGAGGAAAAUCAUACAGGUGUGUUUGUAUGUGUUUCACUAGGGUAAAUAAUGUUGGGAUACAUCAGAUGAAUAAUAUUUAGUAAUAUUUCUGAUAAUUUGGCUUGCUUCUUUUGUCUUUCUCCAUCUUAAUUGCCAAUUUUAUGAAAACUGUAAUGUGUCACUAUCAGUUGACCAUCCUAGCUCAUCACCCAGUGUCAAGGCAUAAAACAGUGUAUGUGGUGUCAUUUGCCUAGUUAACUUUCAGUAUUUUUCUUUCAGUGUAAUAUAAAUGAUGUAGAAGGUCAUAAAUUAUUUAUUUAUUUUUUGCCCAAGCCAGAGGCUCAUGUUUAAAACAUAAGACUAUAAAACUAUCUAUAAGUAAAACUAUAUAAAAUAUAUUAAAAAUAUAUCAAGAACAGAGCAAUAAGUGUGCAAAAAAUGUAAAUAGAAUCCAAUUGUAGAUAUUAAAAUUACUUAAGGUGGUUCCGUAAUUAAUACAACAGCAUUUAGCUGUGACAAAUUUUCCGUCAUAACUUUUUGGUUUUUAACGCGAUGGCUGCGAAACUUUGCAAAGAACAACAGAUAUCAUUAGGCAAUGAUUCGAAAUAUUCCGAUUUCACUGAUGGUAAAUAUUUCUCGAGAAAUUAGCGCUUAAAAGGACCCUACUGUUCAAAGAAAAUCGCGUCUAGUAAAAAAUUUUGCUGAUAUUUUUUACUGAGAUUUCUGGUAUCGGCUUUAAUUGGUAUAAUAAAUAUGCCAGAGGAAUUUCAGAAAAAUCGUUGGAGCAGAAGUCCGAAACUAAAAGUCGCUCAAAAUUCAGCUGUGAAAUUGUUUUGGAAUUUCAAAAAUAAAUUACCAUCAGCGAGAAGGAGCCACCAGUUUGAAUUUUCGGGACAAGUAAAUUCAGUGUUUGCUAAUUCUGAAAACAGAAGCCGAUUGCCUAUCGUGCUAUUCUUUAAAAGGUACUGUUCAGUUUUAGAAGCACUAUAAAUUGCUUCAAAACUUUGCUCUGACGUCGAAUGACUUGUUGUCCUUGUUCCUCGACAUUUUUUAAAAUAUCCCUUGGCAGUUUUGGUUCAAACUCCUGCUGCACACAUUUUGAUGUAUUGCAAUGCAUCCUCAACGGCUUUUCCUGCUGUACGUUGUUUCCAAUUCAGGAAAAAGGUAUUGGGAUUGUAAGCUACCUUGUAUCAAAGCUCAGAUAGAACUGUCCAGCACCUUUGUUUAUGACCAGAAAAUGAGCACGAGCGGCACUUGUGCGAGGAAUUCGCACCUCAGCCAGGGGGACGAAUGACAAUGAUGCCCAUGUCUGUGAACCGAUCUGUAUAAACAUGUAUUGCAGAGCAAAACAUAAUAAUCAAGAAAAAAUACCCAUUCAUUGAGGGAAGGAGUGACAAAAAUUCCAGAGUUGUAAAUUUAUUCACGGGCAGUAUUUUUUGCGAUAAUUUUAUUUUGGACUGUGAUGUUAUUCGGUUCACAGGCAUGGUCAUCGAUGUCGUUCGUCCCCCCUGUGUGAGGUGCGAAUUCCACGCAGAACUGCCGCUCGUUCUCAUUUUGUAGUCAUAAACAAAGGUGCUGGACAGUUCUAUCUGAGCUCUGGUACGAGGUAGCGUCCAAUCUCAAUACUUUUUUCCUGAGUUGGAAGCAACGAACAGAAGUAAAAGUCGUUGAAAAUGCAUUGCAAUACAUCAAAAUGUAUGCAACAGGAGUUUGAACCAAAACUGCCAUGGGAUAUUUUAAAAAUGUCGAGGAACAAGUAAUUCUACCUCAGAGCAAGGUUUGGAGCAAUUUAUAGUGCUUCUACAACUAAACAGUACCUUUUAAAGAAUAGCACGAUAGGCAAUCGGCUUUUGUUUUAAGAAUUAGAAAACGUUGAAUUUACUUGUCACGAAAAUUCAAACUGGUGGCUCCUUCUACCCGAUAGUAAUUUAUUUUUGAAAUUCCAAAACAAUUUCACAGCUGAAUUUUGAGCGACUUUUAGUUUCGGACUUCUGCUCCAACGAUUUUUCUGAAAUUCCUCUGGCAUAUUUAUUAUAUCAAUUAAAGCCGAUACCAGAAAUUUCAGUAAAAAAUAUCAGCAAAAUUUUUUACUAGACGCGAUUUUCUUUGAACAGUAGGGUCCUUUUAAGCGCUAAUUUCUCAAGAAAUAUUUACCAUCAAUGAAAUCGGAAUAUUUCGUGUUAUUGCCGAAUGAUAUCUGUUGUUCUUUGCAAAGUUUCGCAGCCAUCGCGUUAAUAACAAAAAAGUUAUGACGGAAAAUUUGUCACAGCUAAAUGCUCUUGUAUUAAUUACGGAGCCACCUUAAGGUACUAGAGAAAGGUAGGAAAUACAUGUACUAUUAGGAAACAAAUGGAAAAUAAAUACUAAUUAAAAAAAUCUAUAUACAAGAGUUACAAUGACAGCUGUACCCUAAUUUGCUGAAGUCAAAAGCCUUUAGGUAACUACUGAAGUCACUAAAUUUACUUGAUGUUUUAAUAUAGAGUGGUUUUCACUUGACUGUUGUAAAACCAAAACCAAAGUAAAUACACUAGCCAACCAAAGGGCGUAGUAAAACCAAAACCAAAACCAAAACCAAUCCCUUUCGACAGUCAAGUGAAAACCGCUCUAUGCAGGUAGUUUAUUCCAUAGGCGACUAACUUUAUAGGUAAAGAAAUUAUGAAAGAAUUUAUUAUUAUAGCCAGGUUGUUCCAGAUUAAUGCCCCUACUUCUUAAAUUAUAUUUUGUAUGACGAGUCUGAAAAAAGUUCUUGAUGUAUUGUGGACCAUAAGAGUGCAUGCAUUUGUAUAAUAAAACAAGAGAACUAUAAUAGCGUCUAUGUUCAAGAGACUGCAUAUCACUCAAGGAUAAUAUAGUAUCAUAGUCAAGAUUAUUACCUAGAUUUAAUAGAGUUUUAAGUGCAUAUUUGUUGGCUGACUCUAGUUUAGAGCUCAAUGUUUUAUUUAUUCCAAUAAGUAGUGGACUGAAGUAUUCCAAAUGAGGAAGCAGGUAGGCCUUGCAAAGUGAUAGGGACAUGUUAUGAGGCAUCAGUCUUUUGAGAAAUCUUGGAGCACCAAUCUUGGCAUAGACUUUCUUGAGCAUGUUGGAUAUAUGUUCACAGUAAGUCAAUUUGUUAUCAAUAGUCACCCCAAGAAUUUUAAGAGAGUUUGCCAAUUCCACCUUAGUAUCACCAAUGAAACAUUCAGGGAUGUGAGUGUGACUGCCAAGUAUCAUACCUUGAGUUUUGAUACUGUUGACAAUCAGAUAAUUUUGAGAAAACCAGGUGACCAGAAUGUUAAGGUCCUGGUUUAAAGAGAUUUCCAGGGUGAUGAUGUCACGAUUAGAUGCAUAAGUUGCAGUAUCAUCAGCAUAUAGACGCAAAGAUGAGAUUGUCCAGCAAAGUUUAGGUCAUUUAGAAAAAUGUUGAAUAACAGGGGUCCAAGUAGACUACCUUGAGGUACGCCGCAUUUGACUGGACACCAUUCAGAGAAUUUCCCAUGAAACUUGACCCUUUGCUGACGAUCAGUCAAGUAUGAUUGUAAGAAAGCAAUAGCAUCAUCAUUAAGACCAUACGAUCGCAAAAUUGUCUGGUAGGUCAGAUUUCUUUUAACAAGACAUUAGGCAUUUGGUGCAUAAGCAAGCAGGUGGAUAUAGAGGAAAAACUGUCAUUUAAAGCCUUUUUUCUUUGAUAGGUAUCACUUGUGUAGCUUCUGAAAGUACCAAAGAAGAUGAGGAGUAG